AUGUCAUCAUCCUGCGCACGCCUGCCCGCAACGCACCGGCGGCUGGCGCAGUCCUACGCUCGCCCGGCCUCCCCCUCCCUGGUUCCGCGCUCUGGUUCCGCCAUGGAAUCCAACAAGGAUGAAGCCGAGCGCUGUAUUAGCAUCGCCCUCAAGGCCAUCCAAAGCAACCAGCCCGACCGGGCGCUCCGCUUCCUGGAGAAGGCGCAGCGACUGUAUCCGACGCCGCGAGUUCGCGCCCUGAUCGAGUCCCUCAACCAGAAACCACAGCCUGCCAGUGACCAACCCCAAGCCACAGACAAGACCCAUGCAACCCAUAGGAAAGCAGGUGGGUCCGAUGCCCCCUCGGCCAACGGCGAAGCUGGAGGAGGAGAGAGCACCAAAGGCUACACUGCGGAACAAGUAGCGGCUGUGAAAAGGGUCAAGCAGUGUAAAGACUACUACGAGAUCCUGGGGGUGAGCAGAGGGGCCUCCGAUGAGGACCUGAAGAAGGCCUACCGCAAACUGGCCCUCAAGUUCCACCCAGACAAGAACCAUGCGCCUGGCGCCACGGAAGCUUUCAAAGCCAUUGGCACAGCAUAUGCAGUACUUAGCAACCCAGAGAAAAGGAAACAGUAUGACCAGUUCGGUGAUGACAAGAGCCAGGCAGCCCGGCACGGCCAUGGGCAUGGGGACUUCCACCGUGGCUUUGAGGCUGACAUCUCCCCUGAAGACCUCUUCAACAUGUUCUUUGGUGGUGGCUUCCCAUCUAGUAACGUCCAUGUCUACAGCAACGGCCGUAUGCGCUAUACCUACCAGCAAAGGCAGGACCGCAGGGAGAACCAGGGUGACGGCGGGCUGGGGGUAUUUGUCCAACUGAUGCCCAUCCUCAUCCUGAUCCUCGUGUCAGCUCUCAGCCAGCUCAUGGUCUCCAGUCCACCCUACAGUCUGAGCCCAAGACCGUCGGUGGGCCAUGUCCACAAGCGAGUCACUGACCACCUAAACGUCAUCUACUACGUGGCAGACACCUUCUCUGGGGAGUACACAGGCUCCAGCCUGAAAACAGUUGAACGGAACGUGGAAGACGAUUAUAUCGCCAACCUCCGAAACAACUGCUGGAAAGAGAAGCAGCAAAAGGAAGGAUUACUAUACCGGGCCCGCUACUUCGGUGACACAGAUAUGUACCACAGAGCACAGAAGAUGAGCACCCCAAGCUGUAACCGACUGUCAGAGGUGCAGGCCUCCCUACAUGGAUAGUCCUGGGCCAGCCACGCUACCGAGGUCCAAACCAUGAAAUCCCUGGAGAAUUUUUGGUGACAUGCACUGAGCCAAGGUGAUGGACUGUAUAUUUAAGAAAAGACAUAAAAAGGAAACAAAAAACAAAAAACAUUAAAAUGGAAUUGGAGGCCGAACGCCGCACAACUGCCCUCUCUCUCACCCAGUAAAUGCAGAAAGCUCUUAAGACAGACAGGAAAACCUGCCACAGGGCUGCUUCCCUUCCUCCCAUGGCUGGCAGAGACUCAGGCUCCACAUCAGCUCUCUCCUAGGAUACAGAAACCAUGGCAACAAAAGUAAAAUGUAAAACUUGCAGCAAACGUCUGUAGGAAGGGCUGGGGGAGGGGGCAGCCACUGCCUUUCUUCCUCCUCCCAGGAGCCACCACCAGUCACCUCAGUGGCAGCUCUGUCAGAGGCGCUGGCCAAGGACAGAGGGGGAGGGAAGGGCUUUCUGGAGAAUGUAAUGUAUACAUGCAUGUAUAUCUAUAUAUAUCUAUUUAUAUGUAAAUAGCAUAUAUAAAGAUAUAUAUAUAUAGAUAUAUAUAUAGUCUACUUUUUAAACUAUGCAGGGGUUUGGUUUAGUUGUUUAGCUGAUUUUUUCCAUGUUUUAGAAAAUGAGGACCAUUUGGGGAAGGCUGCCUGGUUCUUCAAAAGCUAGACGUUAGCCAUAGCUGACAGCGGAAGGCAGGUCAGGUCCUAGCUUUUAACGCUCCCCUCAACCCCAGCAUGUUUUUGAUGGCAGCAGCAAUCAUGAUAGUAUAAAUCUGUAGAAAACUUUUGAAAGUUGCCAGGUUCAUGGUUAAGCUGGAGGGGAGCAGGCUAUGAAGGGAGAAAGUGCCCGGAGGGCCGGAUGCCAGGUCAGUGUUGAGUCAUGGUAGAGGCCCCAGACUGCCUUCUGGGGUGAGACCACCCACCUCAAGCUUUGGCCAGCUAAGAUGGGCUCUUUGUCCUAGUACCCAGGAGCCCUCUGACCCCCUGCCUCAGAGAACAACAGGGUUGGGAGGGGGGCCAGGUCCUGCCUAGCCAUCCCCCUCUCCCCGCAAGUGAGUUUUGCCUUAUAGGUGCCACAGGGCACAGUUCCAUUGUUGCCACUGGUUUUUCCUGAGUCGUGCACCAAGGACUCCAGAAAGCUCUUCCUCCAAGAGUCAGCCAGGUGGUGCCCAGGACCCCCGGGCAGCAGCCAACUCCUGAAGAAAGCCCAUGCCUGUGGGCACCUGUCUCCACCCUCCGUGGACAAGACGCCACCCAGCCUUCUCUUGCAUUGUGGACAAAGGAUGCACCUGAACCAGAAGGGUUUUCUUAUCCUCGUCUUCAAAUGAGGAUUUUCCUCAAAACAGCAGUUGCUGCCAGGGGAAGGGAGGGAGGUUUUAUUUAUUCCCACAGUUUCAACUGGGUCUUUUGGAAUUACCGUUUUUUUCCUGAAUUUUUCUCUGGCAGUGGGUGUUAUCGAACCUGCCAUCUUCCAAAGCCUUACUUCCCCAAGCCAGGAGGUAAUGAACAUCCUCCCAGAGUUUUUUUCCUGAUUCUUUUUAAAGUCCCCCAACACAUAGGAUUCUUGCUGGGAAAGGAAGCUUGGUAAAGAAAUGUCAAAUGUGGUUUGAACAAGGUCCUACCCUGUGAUGAAACGGCCACCCCAGCCCAGAGGGAUGAUAAGAACUGGACAUGGGCGAGAGUGCCCCAGGUGGUGGCCCCGGUGCUCUGCCCCCACCGCCCUGACUGGCGGGUCUUGGUAGAUGUCCCCUAGACAGGCUGAGCCACGUGCAAUAAGAACAUAGAUCCUAAAGGAUUUCCUAAGAAGCUGUACUUCUUGAAUUAGAAUUCUGAAAUUGUACAUCUAUAAAUAUGUUUAUUAUGUGA